GGGUAUUUGCAUCGCUGCUCUACAGUUGCCCAAUUGUGAAACUUCGGUGUCUCAUUUGACCUGUUGAAGUUCUCAAGCAGUGUCGAAUUCGAUAGCGAGAGCAUCGAGGAAGAAUAUUCUUUGUUUGUUUGUAUGUGUUGGUUUUGUUGCUGUUUCUGCCAUUCGGGAGAUAUAGAGCUCUGGGUAUUGUAACGCCCGAGCUCACAAUGUCACGCUGCUAUGCGGCGCAUCGCUAGGAUUACUAGUGGAAGCGAACUCAUCAUACUUUAUUUGUUAGCUCAGCUCUCCUCGGUUGUUUCCUAGUGUAAGGUUUCCUUGUCUUGAUAGGUUUAUCACUUGUGGUUUCUUCGCAGUCACCGCUCCCGCUCAAUUCAGCAGUGGUUUCCAUGUAUCAACUAAGGCUUCAUCGAAUUACGAAUUCAUGGUUUGGAAUUACUCCAGCUUUCCAUCAUGAUUCUCGCGUACUUAUCAAGGAAGGAUCCUCGCUUGGACCUGGGUUUCCAUCUAGGGUUUUUCCUAAGAUGUUAAUUGAUAGUUUAACUAAUAGCUGUUGCCAUUCCUGGCGCGACAAUGGAAGGCAUAGGGAAGUAAGGGCAAGAUUUUCAACGUCUGGGUCGCCAUCGCAAAGUGGAGGAUUCUUAGGCGAUGGGCUUGGUAGAGAGGGGAAGAUUGAGGAUAGUCAUACGAGAACGAGAGCGUACAGGAAAGAGGAUUGGGAAAAGCUUUUUAGGCCACAGGUUGUGAAAGAAGAGGAGCUAAAAGAUCACUUCAACGAGGACCCCAUCUGGCUGUGGGUGUUUAAAUCAUGGCUCAGCGGUAUCAAGGCCAUGAUGCGAUUUCUGUGGGAACAGCCAGGCCAGCUUAAGCAAAUCGAAUGGCCAUCAGUCAAAAGCACUGUGAAAAUGGCGCUGCUGACGCUUGUGGUGGUGAUGUUUCUCAUGGUAUUCCUGUCUUCCGUUGAUUCACUGUUCCGCCAUUUUCUGAAGAGCAGCAUGAGGCCGAUGACAUAAAUUGAUGGUAUUUCUGGCGCACAACAUCGCAGUUUACAUUUAUGUACAUUUAUCGUGGUAGAUACCUUUAGCAGCGCCCAACAGUCACAUGAUGUUCAAAUGAACCUAUUCUUUCUGUAUGUGUGCAGCCAGCAUUCAAUGAAAUGAAUUGGUUCCAACGCUGUACGCCGAGAGUGAUAAUUCUCACUGAGGCUUCUUGUUUAAACCUGGACACACCUUCGAGGCUUAGAGUAUGUGCAACCAAAACUGCAUAUUACAAAUUGGCGCUCAGAAAGUAAAAGAUUACAGUAAUUGUCGUCAUUGUUUGAGUCGGUAUCCACAGGGGGGCUUUGAUUGAUUGCAGUACUGGUGCUUGCAGGAUGAUUUGCUCCCUUCUAAUGUACACAAAUGACUUUGCAUACUUUGUAUUCUUCUCACCAAAAGCUUAUUGGAGCAAGGCUUGAAUCA